GAGAUACACGUGGGGGCGCACAUAUUGUCCCUCUCUCGCCUCUAAGCUUUGCCCGUAGUCAUAACGGCGAACGGAUUCACACCGAACGACUAUUGAGACCGACGAGAAGUUCACCGAAGAACUACACUUCGGCACCAUGAUAACUUUCCCAAGCUUAUUUGUUAGUUUCCCACUCUUUGCAGCGUGUUUUCUUGCUGUUUCAGUGUCUACUGCGAGCGCUGCAGACUGUGAAGUAAAUGUGUGUUUGAAUGGAGGAACCUGUGUGACCGGAGCGGGAAAAGAUCCCUUUAUCUGCAUUUGUAAUGAAGGCUUCACUGGACAGACCUGCAAUGAGACCGAGAUUGGGCCCUGCAGCCCUAACCCCUGUAAAAACGACGGUUUCUGUGAGAUCAUCCCCAACCCCCAGCGAGGAGAUGUCUUCAGAGAAUACGUCUGCAAGUGUUCAAUAGGCUUCGAUGGAAUCCACUGCCAGAACAAUGUGAAUGACUGUGCCGGCCAGCCCUGUCAGAACGGAGGCAUCUGUCGAGAUCUUGACGGCGAUUUCACCUGUAAAUGUCCCUCACCCUAUGUGGGAAAGCACUGCCAACUGCGAUGCAUCUCUCUGCUGGGAAUGGAAGGAGGAGGCAUCGCUGAGUCUCAGAUCUCUGCCUCCUCAGUGUACUAUGGCAUUCUGGGACUACAGCGCUGGGGGCCCGAGCUGGCCCGACUGAAUAACAAAGGACUUGUUAAUGCUUGGACCUCUGCAACACAUGACAAGAACCCCUGGAUAGAGAUCAACCUACAGAGGAAGAUGCGUUUCACUGGCAUUAUUACCCAGGGUGCCAGUCGCAUGGGCACAGCCGAGUUCAUCAAAGCCUUCAAGGUGGCGUCCAGUUUGGAUGGGCGAACCUAUACCAUGUACAGACUCGAGGGCCAGAGCAAAGACUUGAUCUUCGUCGGUAAUAUGGACAACGAUGGGACGAAGACCAAUUUGUUUGACCCUCCAAUCAUAGCUCAGUUCAUACGAAUCAUUCCUGUUGUGUGUCGUAAAGCCUGUACUCUGAGAAUGGAGCUGGUGGGCUGUGAACUCAACGUGUAUUUGAACACGACAGGUUGCUCCGAGCCGCUAGGUAUCAAGUCACGGCUGAUCGAUGACAGCCAGCUGACGGCUUCCAGCUCUUUCCGCACCUGGGGGAUUGAGGCGUUCACCUGGCACCCACAUUACGCUCGUCUGGACAAGCAGGGCAAGACCAACGCCUGGACAGCAGCCACCAAUGACCGCUCAGAGUGGUUGCAGGUGGACCUACUCAGACCAAAGCGCAUCACAGGAAUCAUCACGCAAGGAGCCAAAGACUUUGGCAAUGUGCAGUUUGUGUCCGCCUUUAAAGUAGCUCACAGUGAUGACGGCAAGUACUGGACCGUACUCAAAGAUGACAAGACAAAAACAGAUAAGAUUUUCCCUGGCAACAGUGACAACAACGUGCACAAAAAGAACGUGUUCGACCCCCCCUUCUACGCACGAUUCGUCCGCAUCCUGCCGUGGGCGUGGCAUGAACGCAUUACCCUGCGAAUGGAGCUGCUGGGCUGCGAUGAGUAGAACUCCUGCUCUCCUUCUCUCUGAUUCUCUCUCUCUCUCUCCUUCUCCUCUUUUAUACUUCCCUCCAUUCCUUCUUCCCUCAACCACACCUGCACUGCCUCACUCUUAGCAACAGAGGGCAACAUCACCACACGACCCUGCACAGCUGGGGGACUGAUGUCAACGCAGCCGGCAAAAAAACCAAGCUCAAACCCACAGUGUGAAGCGUUUAGCAUUAAAUAUUUUGUACUGACGCGAGUCUGACUGCAGUGGCCCUUGAAGAUGAAGUCAAUGCUAAUGUAUAUUAAUGUUUAUUUGCCCUAGAUUAGGAAAUAGCUUACUUACUGAAGUAAAGAAUUACAGCCAAUUGGAAAGAAGUAAUGCUGUACAUACCAAAUAAAUCACAAUUUAUUUAUUUUUAGUUUGGUUGUGAAUGCAGUCAAGCUGUUUUAUAUCUUAUCUUAUGAAGUAGUUUGAAUUUAGCAAAUGAUAAAGUCACAAGAUAUUGUUGUGCUCUAUGCUAAUUUGUAUAUUAUAUAAUGAUAGUUGCCAUUUGAUCAUUUGUUUCUUCUUUGAAACAAUAUUUGCUUACAUUUUUUUAACUAGACUAAUCCAUUUUUUUUUUUUUAAACCUCACCUAAAUAUGAAAUGUGACAGUCAAUCAUCUAUUAUUAUUUGAUCAGUUUUGGUGUAAAUUUGAUGCCUUGGCCAGAGCUGCCACGGAUCUCAGGUGCAGUUGAAUCAAUUGCAUUGUGCUACUGAAUUUUAUUUUUUAUUUUAUUCCAGCAUAAUUCUGAAAUAAAACACAUUUUUGGUACAAAAAAAAAGUACUCUUAAAAACCAAAGUGGUCUCAUUUUUUUUCUAAUUAUGUGUGUUUUUUAUAAGCUUUGACGUACCCCGUCACUAGCUUGGUCACAUAAUAAGAUGCGGGGAUGGGUGCAAAUCUAAUUUAGAAUAAUUUCUACGGUGGCACUGAAUCUCUGAUAUGACCGUCCAAUCUACAUAAUGUUUUCAAAAUGAUGCAUUGUGACCCCCCCCCCCACCCCCAACCCAUCCACUCGAAUAAAUUUACAAUUUUGGGCUUGUGCAAUAUGAUAUGAGUAUUAAUAUGAAUUAAUAUUAAUGGAGCUUUAUAUAUGGGCAGUAUUUCUCUGAGAGAUUUUCUGAGAAGAAUUGAAGUGGUAUUCAAGGUAACAAACACUGAAGAAUAUUCUAAUAAUCCAGCAUGAUUUCUGCAUUUAGGCUGCAUGCGUUUUCUUUUUCUUUCUUUUGGACUCUGUACCGAUGUUAGCAUUUGAUUUUUCUCAGAAAGUUGUUUUCAUUGCAGUAAAGACACAUUGACUUUGUUAUUUCGAUUGAGUGUGCUCUUUCAAUGAUACUUCUUUUGUCCUUUUUUUAUGCCUCAUACUGUAGCACUCUUAUUGUGUUCAGAAUGUUUAGACUAAAUGCAUUUCCUUAGUAUAUCUUGAAAUAUUUUUUCAUGUUUUCAACUGUAGAAAGAAAUAAAGACUCUAAAUCGAUA